AUGAUUAGGAACUCUCCAUUGCAUGCGUCAACAUUGCCGAGUGCUUUAUCUUUGUCUCGGAUUACUCUCCAUGGAGGUUCUGUAAAUUGUAUGCCCUGCCUUCCAUCUAGACCCCAGAGAAAAAUCAACACCAUAAGAGCCACAUCAGCAGAUGGAGGGCAUAUUGAACAAUCGCCAGCUUCAGGAUCAACUAAUCCUCUUGCUGUUGUUUUGGAUAUUCCUCGUACCCUUUGGAGGCAAACGAUGCGUCCAUUAAGUGAUUUUGGGUUUGGUGGUAGGAGCAUAUGGGAAGGUGGGGUAGGAUUGUUUUUAGUUUCAGGUGCAGUUCUAUUUGCCCUUAGUUUGGCCUGGUUGAAGGGUUUCCAAAUGCGGUCCAAAUUCAGGAAGUACACGGCAACAUUUGAGUUUGAUCAGGCUUGUGGAAUAUGCACUGGAACCCCUGUGAGGAUUAGAGGGGUGACAGUUGGAGAUGUCAUUCGUGUGAAUCCUUCCUUAAGAAGUAUUGAAGCUAUAGUUGAGAUUGAAGACGAUAAAACAAUCAUACCGCGGAAUUCAUUGGUUGAAGUUAAUCAAUCAGGUCUUCUUAUGGAAACUAUAAUUGAUAUUACUCCUCGUGAUCCUAUUCCAACGCCUUCAACUGGACCUCUUGACCAAGAAUGUUCCAAAGAAGGACUCAUUGUGUGUGAUAAAGAAAAGAUUAAGGGUAGAGAAGGAGUAAGUUUGGAUAAAUUGGUUGGGAUUUUUACCCGCCUUGGGCAAGAUGUAGAGAAAAUUGGCAUUGCUAAUAGUUAUUCGUUGGCUGAACGAGCUGCUUCUAUUAUUGAAGAAGCAAAACCACUUCUUACAAAGAUCAAAGCCAUGGCUGAAGAUGUUCAACCUUUGUUGACUGAAGUACGUGAUAGUAACCUGUUGAAGGAAGUUGAGAAUUUAACCCGAAGCCUUACACAAGCAUCUUAUGAUUUGAGAAGGGUAAAUUCAUCCAUUAUGACUCCUGAGAACACUGAACUGCUCCAAAAGUCCAUAUAUACUCUUAUUUUUACGCUGAAGAACAUUGAGAAUGUUAGCUCGGAUAUUUUGGGUUUCACUGGUGAUGAAGCUACAAGAAAGAAUUUGAAAUUACUUAUCAAGUCCCUCAGCAGGUUAUUGUGA